UGGCGCGGCGGAGGGACGGCGGCUGCGGGCGCUCCGCGGCUCAGUGUGGUCGCCGCCAUUUGAAGUCUUGGUUGUGGUGCGAGUGCCGCUCUGCCUCUGUAUUGCCGCUUUAUUCAGUGCUGAAGUGAGUCCUGUGUGUGUUGAGGGUAUGAAGUGCAAGCCUCAUGUUGUGGAGAUCAGUGGGUGUCACGGAAAUAAGUGCUAUGUGAAAUAAGAUGGAAGAAAAGGCCAAGAGUAAUCGCAGACGCCGAGAGAGAGCUCUAAAAAUGAGGGCCGAGAUCUCGGAGAGCGCCAAGGCUUCGGAGGAUAGCUGUGAGGAGAGCGUUCCCCGGGUCCGCACGAAGCCGCCGCGCCCUCGCAAGAAGAACAAGGACCCGCUCUUCGAGGAGGACGUCGUGGAGGGCUUCGCCUUCCUGGCCUUCAAAUCCUACGAGGACCUAGAGGUGAGGCAGGCGUGGGGCAGAGGAGGCCGCCCGAGAGGAGUGUGGGGCGGCCCCGAGCCUUGCAGGGCUCGUGGAGGGCGCUGGGGCGCUUCGGCGGGGGCAGCGUGCCCCUGGCUGGCGUCGCGAGGGGCAGGGGAGGUCGGCAGGGGCGCAGAGGACAGGCAGGAGGUGGCAGAGCUGCCCUGCGACGGCGGGGAACGUGGCGCUGGCGAACAAUGGUCGCGGCCCGCAUGCUAUUAUCGACCCUCGGCCGGGGCGCGAUAAGGGCGGAAUCCAUGUGGCGGGUCGCGUCCGCCCUGCAACACGCACACAGUACUCGGUGCCGCACAUGCCGCCGCCGCCGCCGCCGUGUGCACCAGCGGGCCUGCGAGUGCGAGGAUAAAGGGCGCUGCUGGGGCUCGCCGCCCUCGCCGCUGUCUGCCGGGGCGGCGAAGGAGGCGCGG